AUGCCUCCUAAACCCCCUCCACCAAGAACUUCUCGUCUUUCAUCUCUCGCUCGUUCCACUCCUGGUGGAACUCCUGUAAGACCAUCCUCGGCAGGCUCCGCAAGCUCUACAGCUAAUACCCCUGCCCCAUCAGAUGUACUCACGGGCUCUUCCUCUGAUAAUAAUAAUAAUAAUAAUAAUAAUAAUACCCCAGCAGUAUCAGGCUCUGCCUCUGUAACCCCUGGGGCUACUUCUUCUUCUACUGCUUCUUCUUCUGCUUCCAGUGGUCCCGCUCGCAAAGCUGGCUUUAUGCCUAAAAUUGUGGCUCGUCGGUCGCGAGAAGAACGUGAACGAACAGCCCCAGCAUUAUCCAAAACAUCAGCCCCUACACCUCCACCCACAGCCACAGGACCCGGCGGCCGUGGUGGUGCUCGCGGAGGUGCUCGUGGAGGUGCACGUGGAGGUGCCAAUGGAGGUCGCGGUGGUAGCCGUGGUGGCGGCCGUGGUGGUCGGCGUGGACGGUUUGAGCCAAUGCAAACUCAAGCCGUAGGUGCAUUUGCGUCUCUGGAUGCAGCCGAAUUCCGUGGACGACGGUUUUCUCCUGCAAUGGAGAUCCGAGGUGGAGCUUUGGACCCUGCACAGGCUGGUCGUUACAUGUCAGCUUCUCCUAGCGUACUUAAGGCUGAUGGAACUCCAGGUAAACUCGAAGAUGAAAACGAGGAUGAGGAUGAAAAUGAUCCAGACCAAAAUGCAUUCAACAUGACCCGGUCACUCGGUAUUGAUAUUGACGAAUUCUUUCCUAUUCGUCCAGCUCGUGAUAGCGAGCGUGAAUCUGCAUCCAGCGGUGCAGAUAAGGAAGCUGGUGUGGUGAGGUUCGACGCGCGAGAGUUUGACGCAGAUGAUAUCGAGGUACUUGUGGACCCAUCGGCUAAUCUUAAUUUGGCAGAUAAUGAUAGUGGUAGUGAAUCAUCGCGCUCAGAGUCUCCCAAAGUGGACGAAUCUGGCGAUGUGAUUAUGGGCGAAGAUGGGGCUGUCAAGCUGGAAGAUAAAGACAAAAAACCUACCGGAUUACAGGCCAUGCUUGCCCGCAAACAAAGGCUCCAAGAAGUCAAGGCUCGGUCACGGUCGGCUACACCAUUUAUUCCUGCGACGCGUGCUGCUUCUUACAUUUCACCUGAAGAAAUGACAGAACUGAAACGUGUUUCGCGAGAUCACAAAGCCAUUCUUAACGAGUUUAUGGGCUCUUCUGCGGCGGCGGCUGCUGCGGCGGCUGCUGCUGAUGCUGCUCGUGAAUCAUCAAAUACACCUGCUCCAGAAACUUCAGGAGAAGAAGGAAGUGAAGAAGGAUCAACAACUGCUGAAGCAAAUGCUGAAGCCAAGCGCAUAGAAAUUGAACAUAAGCUCUACUUUUUCCAAAUGCCUGUUGUGGCGCCCAUGUUUGCCGCGCCUUCAAAGAAUGGUGAAGAUGCGGAGAUGCCCGAUGCCCCCGCUUCUAGUGGUUCUGCAAAAGCUUCUUCUGCAUCUUCCGCUCCUGGUACUUCUGUAUCGGACGCGUCCCGCGCAGCUGCCGCGGCAGCCGCUGCUGCUGCUUCUUCUUCUUCUUCUUCUUCUUCGGCUUCCUCCGCUAACGUCGAGGAUUUACGUCGACAGUAUCCUGAAGGAAUGGUGGGGAAGCUGCGUGUGCACAAGUCGGGUCGACUAACAAUGACCAUGGGUCCUGUGGUCAUGGAGGUAUCGCAAGGUACACUCGCUAACUUUCUUCAAGAUGUGGUUGUGUUUGAUCAAGCGGCAGAGCAGGCUUUUCUUAUUGGCCAAGUGACUCGCAAGAUGGUCGUGACUCCGGAUAUCACCUCUUUACUGUGA